AUGAAUGUGUACGAUGAUGUCGUCGACGCUACUGUUGUGUCGCAUUCUAUAACAGCUCAUUUUACCACAUCUGAAUAUGAGGAGCUCUUAGUUGUAAGGACGAACAUUCUUUCCGUGUACAGACCCACUAGAGACGGCAAGUUGUAUUUGACAGAUGAGUUUAAGUUCCAUGGCUUGAUCACUGAUAUAGGUGUUGUUCCGCAACAGGAUAGUCUAUUAAGUUGCUUGUUAUUAUGCACAGGCGUUGCUAAAAUCUCGAUUUUACAGUUCAACACCUUGACAAACUCAAUCGAUACACUGAGCCUCCAUUACUACGAGGACAAGUUUAAGGACAAAUCGUUGGUUGAACUGGCCAAAACAUCCACGCUAAGAAUAGACCCUGGAAAUAGCUGUGCAUUGCUAUUUAACAAUGAUAUUCUUGCUUUUUUACCUUUCCAAACCAAUAAAAACGACGAGGAUGAUGAAGAAGAUGAAGAAAACCUGGACGAAGAAGAGCUCGUCCAUAGUACAGACGAGAAAUCGCAAACAUUGAGCGCCUUUAAUAGCAGAAAAAAAAUUAAGUCAUACGAAACAUUCACAGAGGCAAGUGUAAUACUAACUGCCAAUGAAUUGUAUGACGGAGCUAAAAAUAUUAUAGAUAUCCAGUUUCUGAACAAUUUUACCAAACCCACAAUAUCGAUAUUAUAUCAACCAAAGCUCGCUUGGGCAGGUAAUAGCAUCCUUUCAAAACUCCCCACCCAAUACGUCACACUCACACUUAAUAUCCAAUCUGCAAAGAAAAGUUCUAUUAUUGAAUCAACGACAAUAGCUUUUGUAAAAGGAUUACCUUGGGACUUGCAUACAAUUGUGCCGGUUUCGAAUGGUGCUAUUAUAGUGGGUGCUAAUGAACUGGCAUUUAUAGAUAAUACAGGAGCAUUACAAUCCACGAUUCUAUUGAAUUCAUUUGCUGAUAAGGAUCUACAGAAAACGAAAAUCAUCGACAAUUCCUCUUUAGAAAUUUUAUUCAGAGAAAAAGGUACAACAUCAAUUUGGAUGCCUUCAUCAAAAAGUAAAAACGGUGCCAACAAUAACGAUGAAACCCUACUGCUUAUGGAUAUCAAAUCCAACAUUUAUUAUAUCCAAAUGGAAGCUGAAGGUAGAUUACUGAUUACGUUUGACAUCUUUAAACUACCUAUCGUCAAUGACCUUUUAAAAGAAAACUCUAAUCCAAGAUCCAUAACACGUUUAAAUGCGACGAGUUCAAAUAAAAAUAUGGAUCUUUUCAUUGGGUUUGGUUCAGGAAAUGCUUUAGUUCUUAGACUGAAUAACUUGAAGUCUACGAUUGAAACAAGGGAAGAGCACAAAACAUCGUUUUCAGAUCAAAAUACUUUGAUGGAUGAUAACGACGAAGAUGACGAAGAGAUGGAUGAUUUGUACGCUGAUGAGGCUCCAGAAAAUGGACUAACCAAUACUGGCUCCAAGGACACAGUAGAGACCGUCCAGCCGUUUGAUAUAGAACUACUAUCGUCAUUGAAAAACAUUGGUCCAAUCACAUCUUUGACUGUGGGGAAAGUAUCUUCUAUUGAUGAUAUAGUAAAAGGGCUACCGAAUCCAAAUAAAAACGAAUAUUCGUUGGUUGCUACAUCUGGAAACGGCUCAGGUUCUCAUUUGACCGCCAUACAGACUAGUGUUCAACCAGAGAUCGAAUUAGCAUUAAAGUUCAUCAGUAUAACACAGAUCUGGAAUCUCAAGAUCAAGGGAAGGGAUAAGUACCUAGUAACAACUGAUUCUACCAAGUCGAGGAGUGAUAUAUAUGAAAGUGACAGAAAUUUCGAACUUCACAAGGGAGGUCGUUUAAGAAGAGAUGCUACUACAGUUUACAUUUCAAUGUUCGGUGAAGACAAAAGAAUAAUACAAGUUACCACCAACCAUCUAUAUCUAUACGAUACGCAUUUCAGACGUCUUACUACAAUCAAGUUUGAUUAUGAAGUUAUUCAUGUCUCAGUCAUGGAUCCAUAUAUUUUGAUCACCGUUUCAAGAGGUGACAUAAAAAUAUUUGAACUAGAAACAAAAAAUAAAAGAAAAUUGUUAAAAAUUGAUUUACCAGAAAUUUUAAAAGAGAUGGUUAUCACUUCUGGUUUGAUUUUAAAGAGUAAUAUGUGCAACGAAUUUUUGAUCGGAUUAAGUAAAUCUCAAGAAGAGCAAUUAUUGUUUACUUUCGUUACUGCAGAUAACCAAAUUAUUUUUUUCACUAAAGAUCACAACGACAGAAUUUUCCAAUUAAAUGGGGUCGACCAAUUGAAUGAAUCUCUGUACAUCAGCACUUACACACUACUUGAUGAGAUUGUGCCCGAUCCUUCGAUUAAGCAAGUAAUGAUCAAUAAGCUGGGACACGAUAAUAAAGAAGAAUAUCUGACAAUACUAACCUUUGGAGGAGAGAUAUAUCAGUAUAGAAAACUGCCGCAGAAACGCAGCCGGUUUUACAGAAACGUUACAAGAAAUGACUUGGCCAUCACUGGUGCUCCUGAUAAUGCAUACGCUAAGGGGGUCAGUUCUAUUGAAAGGAUUAUGCAUUACUUCCCUGACUAUAAUGGCUAUUCGGUAAUAUUUGUAACCGGUAGUGUUCCAUAUAUAUUAAUAAAGGAGGAUGAUUCGACACCCAAGAUUUUCAAGUUUGCAAAUAUACCUUUAGUCUCAGUCACACCUUGGAAUGAACGUUCGGUCAUGUGUGUCGAUGAUAUUAAAAAUGCUAGAGUCUACACUUUAACCGUUAACAAUAUGUACUAUGGUAACAAGUUACCAUUAAAACAGAUAAAAAUUAGUAAUGUACUUGAUGACUACAAAACUUUACAAAAAAUUGUUUAUCAUGAAAAGGCUCAGUUAUAUCUCGUAUCUUAUUGCAAGCGGAUCCCUUAUGAGGCAUUGGGAGAAGACGGGGAAAAGGUUGUAGGCUAUGAUGAAGAAGCGCCACACGCGGAAGGAUUCCAAAGCGGGAUACUGCUUAUUAAUCCGAAAAGUUGGAAGGUGAUUGAUCAAAUCGACUUUUCGAAGAAUUCUGUCGUCAAUGAGAUGAGAUCAUCAAUGAUUCAAAUUAAUUCAAAGACUAAAAGGAAGAGAGAAUAUAUUAUAGCUGGUGUUGCAAAUGCUACUACCGAAGACACUCCACCAACUGGCGCUUUCCAUAUCUAUGAUGUUACCGAAGUUGUUCCUGAACCCGGAAACCCUGAUACAAAUUAUAAGCUCAAAGAAAUCUUCCAAGAAGAAGUCAGUGGUAUAGUGUCUACUGUUUGCGAGAUUAGUGGAAGGUUCAUGAUUAGUCAAAGCCAAAAAGUUUUAGUAAGAGAUAUUCAAGAAGACAAUUCUGUCAUACCAGUAGCGUUUUUGGAUAUUCCGGUAUUCGUGACAGACUCCAAAAGCUUCGGGAAUCUUUUGAUCAUUGGCGAUGCCAUGCAGGGUUUUCAAUUUAUUGGUUUUGACGCAGAACCAUAUAGAAUGAUUUCAUUGGGUAGAAGUAUAUCGAAAUUUCAAACAAUGUCGCUAGAAUUUUUAGUCAAUGGAGGUGAUAUAUACUUUUCAGCGACUGAUGCCGAUAGGAAUGUACAUGUACUAAAAUACGCGCCAGAUGAGCCAAAUUCCCUAUCAGGCCAACGGUUAGUUCAUUGUUCUAGUUUCACACUGCAUUCCGUUAAUAGUUGCAUGAUGUUAUUACCAAAAAAUGAGGAAUUUGGCUCUGCUCAAGUUCCAUCGUUUCAGAAUGUAGGUGGACAAGUCGACGGAUCUGUAUUCAAGCUAGUUCCUUUAAGCGAAGAAACAUACAGAAGAUUGUAUUUGAUUCAGCAACAGAUCAUUGACCGAGAAUUACAGUUAGGUGGACUAAAUCCUCGUAUGGAAAGAUUGGCCAAUGAUUUCUAUCAGAUGGGUCACGCAAUGAGGCCUAUGCUUGACUUCAACGUUAUACGAAGAUUCAGCGGGCUAGCUAUUGAUAGAAGAAGGAAUACCGCUCAAAAAGCAGGACGACAGGCACAUUUUGAAGCAUGGAGAGAUAUCAUAAAUAUUGAAUUUUCAUUAAGGUCUUUGUGCCGGAACAAGUGA